AUGACAGUCAACGAUAUAGUUGAGAAUGAUGUGAGAUUCGCCUCAAUGUUGGUGGGCUAUAAAGUAUAUCAAUCCAAUAAGAAGAACUUAGUCUUCGGUACUGCAAUAUUCACUGCAUAUCAGAUGCUGAAGGAGAAUAAAAGAGAAGCAGUGCAAAAGGAAAGGGAGAAGAACAUUCUAAAGGAGGAAGAUGCGGUUAAGAAACAAGCUAAACCGAUUCCUCCCAAGCAGCCCAAGUCCAAGCCUAUAAAAUCUGCACUUGCCCCCAAUGUGCAAAAGUUGGUACCUCCUCCACCUAAGUCUAAACCAACAAUAUCUAUCGGUGGAGUAGAGAAAAGGAAGAAGGAAAAGCCUACAAGACAAUAUACUGCACCAGAAGAGGAAAAAAAGUUGGAUGAAGAGGUAAGAGAAGAAAUAAAUAAGAUUUUGGGACUUGCAAAGGAAAACUUCCGAAGCAAGCAUAGAGUAAAUAAAAUAAUGAUCAUAAGGGUAUAUGAAGUAGUGAAAGAUACUGAAGGUAUUUUGAGGAAAAUUUUGAAAGAAAAUGGCUAUCAAGUUAUUCCGGAGAAGAAUGAUACCCAAUUAGAAGGACAUUCAAGUAAAGACACUUCGAAUCCGACAAUCCAUGUACAAACAGAAGUUCCACAGGAUCAACUAACUGUACAAAUUGAUCAGGUUGAAUAG